AUGCCGGCCCCGUGGGACUACGAGUCUGCGAGCGAGUCGGCCGAUGGCUCCGACCCGAUGUUGCCGCAGCAGGCCUCCGAGGGCGGCCGGCGGCGCCCCUGCGGCGCCCGCGGCGCGGGGCUGGCGGCCGCGGGCGGCCUCCUGGCGGUGUGGCUACUCGCCCAGGGACGAGUCGGCGAUCCUGGCGCGUCCAUGCGAGCUGGACGUUCCUCCGCGAUCAGCCUGGCCAAGGAAGAGUGCGCCGCGCGCGGCGAAGACUGCACCAGUCUGAAGUGCUGCAAGGAGGCGGGCAUGCAGUGCUACCAGAAGAACACGGGCUGGGCCGAGUGCCGGCCAGACUGCACGGAGGGCCUGGACCUGCGCGGGCCGGACAACAGCUCCUGGUCCUGCAAGGAGCUGGGCGACCGGACAGCUGGCGACAUCCCUCCCCCAUGCGUCGGGGCUUUCGAGGACUGCUCGGCCUCCCUGUGCUGCAACAUCACAGGCUUCGCAUGCUACGAGAAGUCCAAGUCCGACGGAUCUGCAUUCUGCAGGGCGCAGUGCACUCCAGGACGGAGGAUUACCAAUCGACCCGACGGACGUAGACUCGCAGCCGUGGAGCUGCAAGAAGCUCGGCGAAGAGAAGGGCGGGCCCGCCGACUGGGUGAAGAAGCAGUGCGCGCAGUCGGGCACCAACUGCAUUGA